AUGAAUGGGUUCUGUAUUUUCAAUGGCACUGACACUGUGCUCUUUGACAAAGUGAUAAAGAAAAUAAAUGGCGUCCAGAUAUACCAGUUCCCAACAGAUGAUGACACUAUUGCUAAGAUCAAUGCUGCAAUGAAUGGACAGUUGCCGUUUGCUGUUGUGGGAAGUAUGGAUGAGGUAAAAGUCGGAAACAAGAUGGUCAAAGCUCGCCAGUACCCCUGGGGUGUUGUACAAGUGGAAAAUGAAAACCACUGUGACUUUGUAAAGCUGCGGGAAAUGCUCAUUUGUACAAACAUGGAGGACCUGCGAGAGCAGACUCAUACCAGGCACUAUGAGCUUUACAGGCGCUGCAAACUGGAGGAAAUGGGCUUUACAGAUGUGGGCCCAGAGAACAAGCCGGUCAGUCUUCAAGAGACCUAUGAAGCCAAAAGACAUGAGUUUCAUGGUGAACGUCAGAGGAAGGAAGAAGAAAUGAAGCAGAUGUUCGUGCAGCGAGUAAAGGAGAAAGAAGCCAUAUUGAAAGAAGCUGAGAGAGAGCUACAGGCCAAAUUUGAGCACCUUAGGAGACUUCACCAAGAUGAGAGAAUGAAGCUUGACGAAAAGAGAAAACUUUUGGAAGAAGAAAUAAUUGCUUUCUCUAAAAAGAAAGCUUCCUCCGAGAUAUUCCACAACCAGUCCUUUCUAGCAACAGGCAGCAAUCUGAGGAAGGACAAGGACCGUAAGAACUCCAAUUUUUUUGUAAAACAGAAGUUCCAGAGCACAGAAGGUCAUCAUCACAAGCAAACUUUAUUGAAAAAAUAA